UCCUCCUCCUCCUCCUCCAGAUUUCAGCGGUGCUUCCCCGCCGACCAGCCCCGGUCCGCAGACACCGGCAUGCCGGACUUUGUCGCCUGAAGGGGCGGGAUGGCGUCGGCCGUGUUCGAAGGGACGUCUCUGGUCAACAUGUUCGUGCGGGACUGCUGGGUUAACGGGAUCCGGAGGCUCAUCAUCAGCCAGCGCGGCGAGGAAGAGGAGUUCUUCGAGAUCCGGACCGAGUGGUCGGACAGGAACAUUUUAUACUUGCACCGCAGCUACUCCGACCUGGGGCGGCUGUUCAAGAGGCUGCUGGAGUCCUUCCCUGAGGACAGAAAGGACCUGUCCAAGUCUCCGCUGAUAGAAGGUCUGGUAAAAAUCAAAGACGCACAUGACAUCGAGGAGAAGUUGAAUGAGGUGGAAAGACUUCUAAAGAAUGCCAUCAACAUGCCGUGCAAGUUUUCCAGGUCAGAGGUGAUGUUGACGUUCUUUGAGCGCUCUCCACUGGACCAGGUGUUAAGGAACGACAAAGUCCACAGAAUCCAGCCAUGCUUUCAGAGUCCGAUCAACAUAUCAGAAAUCAUGCGGUCGAAUGGAUUCUGUCUGGCCAACACAGAAACCAUUGUAUUUGAUGACAACAUCCCAGAAGAUAAAGAAAGACCUUCAUCCACAGACUCUGUAGAACACAUGUAUGAAGAUGGAGCAGAUUUCCUGCCAAUGGAAGCAGACGCGUGCGACGAGGAGACGGAGGCGUACGUCACCAACCUCUCCUACUACCACCUGGUGCCGUUCGAAACGGACAUCCUGGAAUGAGCGCCUGCGGCCGGACAUUUCUCCCUCGUCUGGCCUGAGCCGCGCGCCGCGUACGGCCCCCGGUGGCAGCAGCCAGCCGGAGACGGUGAACCGUAGGAGAUUGCUGCGGCGUCACCCCCCCUCCGUCCACUUCACGGGACAUCACCAGUGUGCUUCAUUUGGGAGUCUUAGCUCCUGUGUCAUAGGUGCUACAGAUCUGAUGGUGACAUUUUCUAAAGAAGCUACUCAACCACUUUAAAGGGACCUUAACCCUUCAGCGCCGGUAGUUCGGCGUGUGACAGGGACCACCGGUUGGACUCUCAAUACAGCUGUAAUUUA